ACUCUGAAAAUAUUCUGAAUUCAAUAAAUACUUGUGGAAUGAAUGAGUGAAGAAAGCAAGUCAGUGGCAAGACAAUAGGAAAUAAAUAUUUAGAUAUGAUAACUUUAUUUGAUAAAAUAAUGGGAUAAAAGUUAAUUGUGCUGAAAUUUUUUUCCAUUUUAUGCCUGCUGACUAGAUAUAAAAGGGAAGUCUUUUUCCAUUUUAUGUCUGCUGACUAGAUUUGGCAACAGGAUCAGUGUAACUUCCAAACUUUUUAGACUAGAGGUAAGAAAUUUAUCUCUGACUUGAGCUUGUUAAGAGCAAUAUAAAGAUUUAUAUUUCCAGUAAAAGAGUCUUUUAAUGACCUGCCUUUCUCUUUUUCAGGUCAUGAGCAUCAAUUGUUCCUUGUGGAGAGACAAUAGUAUGUCUGUGAAACACUUUGCAUUUACCAAAUUCUCUGAGGUCACCGAACAGUGUUGGCUUUUAUUUUCCCUCAUCUUACUCAUGUUCUUAGCAUCACUGACAGGCAAUGCUCUCAUAGCCCUUGCCAUCUGGACCAAUCCAGUCCUCCAUACCCCCAUGUACUUCUUCCUGGCCAACUUGUCUCUCUUGGAGAUUGGAUACACUUGCUCUGUCAUACCCAAGAUGCUGCAGAGCCUUGUGAGUGAGGCCCGAGGAAUCUCUUGGGAGGGCUGUGCUACACAGAUGUUUUUCUUUGCCUUAUUUGGGAUCAGUGAAUGCUAUCUUUUGGCAGCCAUGGCUUUUGAUCGUUAUACGGCCAUAUGCUCCCCACUUCACUAUGCAACACGAAUGAGUCAUGGAGUGUGUGUCCAUUUAGCAAUGGUUUCUUGGGGAGUGGGUUGCAUAGUAAGCUUGGGCCAAACCAACUAUAUUUUUUCUUUGGACUUCUGUGGCCCCUGUGAAAUAGAUCACUUCUUCUGUGACCUCCCCCCUAUUCUGGCACUAGCCUGUGGGGAUACAUCCCAUAAUGAGGCUGCAGUCUUUGUUGUGGCCACUCUUUGCAUUUCCAGCCCAUUUUUAUUAAUCAUUGCUUCUUAUGGCAGAAUUCUAGCUGCCAUGCUCAUCAUGUCAUCCCCUGAAGGUCGCCGAAAAGCUCUUUCCACCUGUUCUUCCCACCUACUGGUAGUAACACUCUUCUAUGGCUCAGCAUCUGUCAGCUAUUUGAGGCCCAAGUCUAGCCAUUCACCUGGGGUAGAUAAACUCCUGGCCCUCUUCUACACAGUGGUGACAUCCAUGCUCAACCCUAUCAUCUACAGUUUACGGAACAAGGAAGUCAAGACAGCUCUUUGGAGAACUCUGGGAAAGAAAAAGCUUUGA